AUGAGGCAUAUGGCUGAUGCUGAAGCUGAAGCUGAUUCUACAGCUGCUAGUACGGCUGUCGAUGAAACUCAAACAGAUUCUUCCGAUACGAGUCAUAUGGUUGAAGAUGGUAGUCAUACGCAAGCCUACCAUACUACUCCUGCUGGUGUUGAUGCUGGAGCUGAUUCUACAGCUGCCAGUACGGCUGCCGAUGAAACUCCAACAGAUUCUUCCGAUACGAGUCAUAUGGUUGAAGAUGGUAGUCAUACGCAAGCCGACCAUACUACUCCUGCUAGUGUUGAUGCUGAAGCUGAUUCUACAGAUGCUAGUGCGGCUGCCGGUGGAACUCGAACAGAUUCUUCCGAUACGAGUCAUGUGGUUGGAGAUGGUAGUCAUACGCAAGCCGACCAUACUACUCCUGCUAGUGUUGAUGCUGAAGCUGAAGCUGAUUCUACAGAUGCUAGUGCGGCUGCCGGUGAAACUCGAACAGAUUCUUCCGAUACAAGUCAUGUGGUUGGAGAUGGUAGUCAUACGCAAGCCGACCAUACUACUCCUGCUAGUGUUGAUGCUGAAGCUGAAGCUGAUUCUACAGAUGCUAGUGCGGCUGCCGAUGAAACUCAAACAGAUUCUUCCGAUACGAGUCAUGUGGUUGGAGAUGGUAGUGAUGCACAAGCAAACCAUACUUCUCCUGCUAGUGUUGAUGCUGAAGCUGAAGCUGAUUCUACAGAUGCUAGUGCGGCUGCCGGUGAAACUCGAACAGAUUCUUCCGAUACGAGGCAUGUGGUUGGAGAUGGUAGUCAUACGCAAGCCGACCAUACUACUCCUGCUAGUGUUGAUGCUGAUGCUGAAGCUGAUUCUACAGCUGCCGAUGAAACUCAAACAGAUUCUUCCGAUACGAGGCAUAUGGUUGAAGAUGGUAGUCAUACGCAAGCCGACCACACUACUGCCGAAGCCGACCCUGUCGAUACUGGUGCCGAUAAUCCCCCUAUUCCAAAUGGAACUACUACCCCAGUUGCUGGAGGCUUUACAGAAGCCUCAACCGAAAUUUCAUAUACUAUGAUCAUUUCCGCCGCCUCUACAGUUGGCGUUGUUGGUCUGUCUACCGCAGGGCUUGUGUACAGGUUUCAUAAAACAAUAUUCAGUAAACUGGGCAUAUUUGAAGGCGCUAAUGCAGCAAAUAAAGUUGAGAGGAUAAUAUUGAUAUGGACCGUGUUCCUAUUCCACCUAUUGAACAUUGCGUCUUCAGGCUGUGUAAGAUCAAGGACGUGGAAAAUUUCCACGAUUACGGCUGAUUCCACUGGCGAGUAUUUUUCAUCACCUUAUUUCCCUGGUUACAAAAAAUCAUAUUCAUGGAGCUUAAAUUUCAGAUGGCGGAUUCGAACAGCCGAUACCGAUCACUUAUUGGUGGUGGAAUUUAUUGAAACUUCCAUUUUCAGUUCUCCAUAUUGUGACAGGAGUGCUGUGAGUGUCUAUGAUGGUCCGUCGAUUUUUAGUUCUCUACUCAUGAGUUCAUGUGGUCCAAAAACACCGUCGCCCAUAGUCAGCACUGGCAAUACCAUGUUUGUCCGCUUUAGAACUUAUGGUUGGUUAAGGUACCAAGGAAUUCUUGCCAAAGUCUAUCAGAUACCUCGACCCACUACUACGCCUUUUUUUACUACCACAUCUCCUGCUGCUGGCCCUACAACUCCUGCUACUGGAACUGUGGAUAUUGAAAUUGGAACUAAAGCCCCUGGUAAUAGAACUGUAGAGGCUGCAACUGCAACGUCUGGUAUUGAAAAAGCUGCUGAUGCCAAAACAACUGCUACUAGACCUACAACACCUGCAACUUUUGCCUCUGGUUCUGCAACUACAACUACUGCUACGGUAAAUGCAACUGUUGCUACUGCAACUAAAACUUCUCUAACAAGAAUUGUAGGAUUUGCAUCUGCAACUACCACUACUACCUCUGAUACUGCAAGUUCUACCCUUGCUACCGGAACUGUAGCUGCAAUUCCUCCCACUACAACUCCUGCUACAGCAAUAGCUUCUGUUGCUAUUACAACUGCUGCCACUACAUCUAUUACAACUCCUGUUACGCCAUCUACAACUUUUGCAACUACUACUACUAGCUCUGGUAGUGCAACUACUACCCCUGGAACUGUAACUGCAAUUCCUCCUUCUACAACUACGGGAACUGCAACUGUUGCCACUGCAACUAACACUGCUCGAACAAGAAUUAUAGGAUUUUCAACUGCAACUACUACUACCUCUGAUACUCCAGCUGCAAUUCCUGCUACUACAGCUCCUCCCGCAACUACAUCUACAACUCCUGUUACUGCAGCUGUUGCCAGUGCAACAACUACCCCUGCUAAGGGAACUGCAGCUGUUGCCACUGCAACUACAACUCCUGCUACUGGAACUGCAACUGUUGCCACUGCAACUACAACUCCUGCUGCUGGAACUGCAACUGUUGCCACUGCAACUAGAACUCCUGCUACUGGAACUGCAGCUGUUGCCACUACACAACUCCUGCUACUGGAACUGCAACUUGCAACUACAACUCCUGCUACUCGAACUGCAGCUACAACUCCUGCUGCUGGAACUGCAACUGUUGCCACUGCAACUACAACUCCUGCUACUGGAACUGCAACUGUUGCCACUGCAACUACAACUCCUGCUACUGGAACUGCAACUGUUGCCACUGCAACUACAACUCCUGCUACUCGAACUGCAACUGUUGCCAGUGCAGCUACAACUCCUGCUACUCGAACUGCAGCUGUUGCCACUGCAACUACAACUCCUGCUACUGGAACUGCAACUGUUGCCAGUGCAGCUACAACUCCUGCUACUGAAACUGCAGCUGUUGCCAGUGCAACUACAACUCCUGCUACUCGAACUGCAAUUGUUGCCACUGCAACUACAACUCCUGCUGCAAGAACUGCCACUAUUGCAACUGCAGACUCCGGUACUACGACAACUGCCAAUGCUACUAGAACUAUUGUUACAAUUCCCCCUACUACAACUACUGGAACUGCAAAAACAACUUAUGGUAUUGAAACAGCUACUGUUGCCACCACAACUCUUGCUACUGCUACUACAAUUCCUACCACUGCAACUAAAACUCCUGCUAUUGGACCUGCAACUAAUUCUACUAAAAGUACGACCCCAUCUACUGCGACUCCAGCUGUUGCCACUGCAACUACAACGCCUUCUACGGGAACUGCAGCUGCUGACACUGCAACUUCAACUCCUGUCAAGGGAACUUCAGAUGGUAUUACCCCUACUACGAGACCUUCACCUGCUGCUACUGUUACUACAACGCCUGCUACGGGAACUGCAGCUGCUGUCACUGUAAGUACUACCCCUGUGAAGGGAACUGCAGCUGCUGUCACUGUAAGUACUACCCCUGUGAAGGGAACUGCAGCUGUUGCCACUGCAACUACUACCCCUGCUAGGGGAACUGCAGCUGAUACCACUGAAACUAGAACUCCUGCUACGGGAACUGCAGCUGUUGCCACUUCAACUACUACCCCUGCUAAGGGAACUGCAUCUGUUGCCACUACAAAUUCAACCCGAGCUACCGGAGCUGCAGCUUUUUCCACUGCGGCAACAACUUCUGCUCCCAGAUCUGCAGCUGAUAUUAAUACAACUUCCGUUACUACAACUAUAAUUCGCACAACGGUUACUGAAACUGUUGCCAAUGAGACUACCCCUUUUGCUGCUGAAACUGAAACACCUGCUACUG